CGAGGGGCCUGGGCGGGAGCCGGGGCUGAGGCGGGGGAGGGAAGGCGGGGCCGCGGCUGGCCCGCCCCCGUCGGCCGCUGCCGCCUCGCGCCAAAAUCAAACCCGGAGACCCGCCGGCAGGUGAUCCCGCGCCGGGCCAGGUCAAGGCGAGGUUGGCGCGUCGGCGCGAGCUCAGCGCGCACCUGUGGCCACUUCCCCGCCCGACGCACCCUGGGCCACCAGCAGCCGAGCAUGGCCACCCCGCCCAAGAGAAGCUGCCCUUCUCCCUCCACCAGCUCCGAGGGCAGCCGCAUCAAAAAGAUCUCCAUCGAAGGGAACAUCGCUGCAGGGAAGUCAACUUUUGUGAAUAUCCUCAAACAAGUCUGUGAAGAUUGGGAAGUGGUGCCUGAACCCGUAGCCAGGUGGUGCAAUGUUCAAAGUACUCAAGAUGAAUUUGAGGAACUAACAACGUCUCAGAAAAGUGGUGGCAACGUUUUGAAGAUGAUGUACGAGAAACCCGAGCGGUGGUCUUUCACCUUCCAGUCCUACGCCUGUCUCAGCCGUGUGCGAGCUCAGCUGGCUGCUCUCAAUGGCAAGCUCAAAGACGCGGAGAAGCCAGUGUUGUUUUUUGAACGAUCUGUGUAUAGUGACAGGUAUAUUUUUGCGUCAAAUUUAUAUGAGUCUGACUGCAUGAAUGAAACAGAGUGGACAAUUUAUCAAGACUGGCAUGAUUGGAUGAAUAACCAGUUUGGCCAAAGCCUUGAAUUGGAUGGAAUCAUUUAUCUUCGAGCUACUCCAGAAAAAUGCUUGAACAGGAUUUAUUUACGGGGAAGAAAUGAAGAACAAGGCAUUCCUCUAGAAUAUUUGGAGAAGCUUCACUCUAAGCAUGAAAGCUGGCUGUUGCACAGAACUCUGAAGACCAACUUUGAUUAUCUGCAGGAGGUGCCUAUCUUAACCUUGGAUGUGAAUGAAGAUUUUAAAGACAAACAUGAAAGUAUGGUUGAAAAGGUCAAAGAAUUUUUGAGCACCCUGUGAUCUUGCCGAAGGCUGCAUUUGGCCCUGCUGGAGUCCAGUGACUCAGCUUUGUGUAUCUUCAUAGCUCUGUGUUCAUACAGGUCUUCAGGAAACCCAAGUUUCUAACCAUUUUUAUUCCAAGAAAAAGGUAUCCACACUUGUUUUAUGACCUCUGGCUACCAACCUGAGCAAUGCUUGACCUAUUGUAAGUUGGAAUAUCAUAUGUGGAAAAAGUUUUGUAUUUUAUCUCUUUUUCUUAAAAAAUAUUUAAAUUGUUACAGGUUAGGAAUAGAAACGGCUUUUUGUGUUUGCAAGCUAAUAUUCUGACCUUGCUCUGAGUUGAUGAACUGCCUUAGUCUAGCUUUAUUAAUUUAAGCUCCCCGAGUUCCUCCUGUGAUCCCAGUGGUACUCAAUAAAUCACUGCUAUUGUCAA